AAAUACCCCACCACCACCUCUUCCCAUUUCCCCCUCCCCCUCCUCCACCUCUCUUCCACCCUUCAAUUCAAGCCCACAAUGGAUCAGCAUCGCCCCACUGCAACCCAGUUUGUAAUAGAAUCCUCUGAUGCAGAAUCCAUGGCUAAGUCUAUGAACCUUCCCUCCGUUCUCCACCUCCUCCCCCACCUCGUCCACUCUGCGCAGUCCUUAGCCCGCCCCCCCAUCUCCAACUUCCACGUCGGGGCUGUCGGUCUUGGCUCCGACGGACGCGUCUUUUUUGGCGUCAAUCUCGAAUUCCUUGGUCUGCCCCUCCACCAUUCGGUACACGCGGAGCAGUUUCUUCUCACCAAUCUUGCCAUCCACCGCUGCCCCCGCCUCCUGUCCGUCGCAGUAUCCGCCGCCCCCUGCGGGCACUGCCGCCAGUUCUUCCAGGAAUUGCGUCACUCCUCCUCCCUACAAAUCCUCGUCACAGGAGAAGAAAAUUGUGAUCAAAAUCAUGACCGUGUGGAAAGCCUUGAAAAGAACUCUCCCGAUUUUAAGCCCUUAUCCAAAUUUCUGCCGAAUCCAUUUGGCCCGCAUGAUUUGCUCGAUGGGGGAACUCCGCUUCUGCUUGAGCAGCAUGACAAUGGGUUGGAUCUCUUACCCCAACAUGAUUCAUACGUAGACGAUAAUUCCAGAAUCACUAGCAAUGGGGAUGAGAAUUGUGGUAACUUAAGCAAUGGGAAUUGCGGAAAAUACGAAAAGAAUGAGACCCUCUUGAGGGAAGCAGCGCUGGAAGCUGCAAACAGUGCACAUGCUCCAUACAGUGGGUGCCCAUCAGGGGUGGCAUUGAUGGAUUGUGAAGGAAAGUUGUAUAAGGGAUCUUACGUCGAGUCUGCAGCUUAUAAUCCAAGUUUUGGACCAGUGCAAGCGGCAUUGGUGGCAUAUGUGGCCAGAGGCGGCGGUGGUUAUGAGAGGAUUGUGGCGGCAGCACUGGUGGAGAAGGAAGGGGGUAAGGUGAGGCAGGCAGAUACAGCAAGGUUAUUACUGAAGGCAGUUUCGCCUAAGUGUGAGUUUUCGGCGUUCUACUGUCAUUAAGCUGGAAAUGUAUGUAAAAAGGUUUCUGCCCGGUCCUGGUUCAAAUUAAUCGGUCUUACAUUGAAUUGUUCGCAACUGUAGAUUUGAUCCUGCAAAUUAUAGUGAUGAAUGAAUAAGUGCCAUUCUCUGCUACAGA